UUCUUCUCGGCGACCUUCUCUUUUGCUGCAGGCACACGGACAUGUUUCGCCGACGCACCUAUUCGUAGACGCAACGUUUGAAAUGGCGGUUACUCUUCAAACAGAUCUGGGAGAUAUAAAAAUUGAAUUGUUCUGUGAGCGGGCACCGAGAUCAUGUGAGAAUUUCCUCGCCCUGUGUGCCAGUGGCUUCUACAAUGGCAGCGUCUUCCAUCGAAACAUAAAGGGUUUCAUGGUUCAAACUGGAGAUCCUACAGGCACAGGGAAAGGAGGCACGAGUAUAUGGGGCCGCAAAUUUGAAGAUGAGUACAGUGAACACCUGAAACAUAAUGUCAGAGGAGUGGUCUCGAUGGCAAACAACGGCCCCAACACAAAUGGCUCCCAGUUUUUCUUCACAUAUGCCAAACAGCCCCAUCUGGACAUGAAGUACACAGUGUUUGGAAAGAUUAUCGAUGGCCUGGAAACUCUGGAUGAACUGGAGAAACUGCCGGUCAAUGAAAAGACAUUCCGACCACUCACUGAAACCCGGAUAAAAGAUGUGACGAUACAUGCCAACCCUUUUGCUGGAUAGACAGCUUCCUGUCAGAUAUGCAGAAGGACCUUUUGACCAAUGUAAAAUGUAUUCUCCGUACACUUCAAAGACUAUAAAAUGUUGCUCUAUCAGCAUUUUUAGAAAAGGAUAACCUUAUUUUUGUUGCCAAGUCGCUGGUGCUGAUGGACCAGUGUCAGGAAGAACCAUGCAGCAAAAGCCGGGGUUGUAAUAUUUACAGUCUAUGGUUGUACAUCAGUUUCUAGCUGAAUCACCUGAUGAUUCAUUUUAGUAAAUGCUUUGCAUCCCCAUUGACCUAAAGUUUCAACAAAGCCUUUUUUCAGGAAGAAGUAGAGUUUAGCCUUUCCUUUACACUUUUUAAAAUUCAGAAUGAUUAAAGGAAACAGGUGUGGUAUUAUUCUGCUGUUUGGGAUAAUGCUUUUCAGAUCCUGAUAUGUAAAUAAGCUGUCAGUGUUUUGUAAUGAAUAAAACUUUUACAAUAAACAUA